AGAUUACAGAACAACGGUAAACAAUCUGUAACCAAUAACACACUUCUUACAACCAGACCACCAAAAGUCCUGUUCCCAUCAGAGAGACAGGCCAGAGUCAUAGACGUCCAACUCGGCAUGCAUCUGGUCUUAGACUGCAGGGCUUUCUUCGGCUACAGCGGGGAUUCCAGGCCCAUCAUCUACUGGAUGAAGGGAGACAAGUUCGUGGAGGAGCUGGAAGGACACAUACGAGAGAGUGAAGUCAGGGUGGUGCGAGAGUUUCUGGGGGAGAAGGAGGUGGAGCUGUCGCUGAUCUUUGACGCUGUGGAGGAGACAGACAUGGGCAACUACACCUGUACCGUGGAGAACCACAUCGGCCGAGGCAGCGGCAGCGCCAUCCUGCAGAAGAAAGACAUGUACAGGCUGGAGCUGGUUGGUGGUCUGGGUGCCAUCAUGCUGAUAUUGGGGAUCUUCACAGCCAUCUAUAAGUGCUAUAAUGUGGAGAUCAUGCUGUGCUAUCGACAACACUUCGGCAGCGACGAGGCAGAUGAUGACAACAAGGAAUAUGACGCCUACCUGUCUUACACCAAAGUGGACUUUGAGUCGGUGGAGCGUGAGAUGAGCGAGGAGGAGCUGUUUGCUCUGGAGAUCUUACCUGACGUUCUGGAGAAACACUACGGAUAUAAACUCUUCAUCCCGCACCGGGACCUCAUUCCCAGCAGCACGUACAUCGAGGACCUGGCGCGCAGCGUGGAGCAGAGCAGGCGUCUCAUCAUCGUCUUGACCCCUGAGUUCGUGGCCCGCCGUGGCUGGAGCAUCUUCCAGUUCGAGCCGCGGCUGCACAGCAUGCUGGUGAUGGGCGAAAUCAAGGUGAUCAUGAUCGAAUGCUCGGACCUGCGCAGCGUCAUCAACUACCAGGAGCUGGAGGACCUCAAGCACACCAUCCGAGUGCUGUCGCUCAUCAAGUGGUACGGGCCCAAGAGCAGCCAGCUCCAGUCCAAGUUCUGGAAGCGGGUGCACUACGAGAUGCCUGCGAAGAGAAAAGAGAGCGUGUCCCGCCGACAAGUCCUGGACUCGGGCGAGCAGGGGCUGUUCGGCGACCUGCAGGCCGUGUCGACCGUGGCUAUGACUGCCACCUCUGCGUCGCUAGCGCCGGCUCACGUGGAGAUACCGGACUAUAACGAGCCGGGCCACCUGCAGAUGCACCACUUCUGCCGCAGCUAUGAGUACGAGCUGCCCAGCUCUGCCAUCGCCACGCUCAGCGGCCGGCACAUGUACUGCAGUCUGCCCAUGACGCUGCUGAACGGACGGCUGACACAGAAUAACAUCGGCAAACCCAAGAGAGACAUUCACUUGAGCAGCCCGUUCGUGCCGCUGUCCGGACCAGAGCUUUCCAGUGACAUCUGGUAGAGCGGCUCCGCCAAACACAGCUUCGCCGAUCUCAUCCUUCCUUCCUUUUGACCUGCAUGAGUUCAUCUUGUUAAGAUUUUAAAAUAAUACAUAAUGGUUUAUCUGGCUCUCUUCCAGCCUUUAGUGUUUUCAUACUUUGUUCCGACAUAUGAAGAGCUACUGAUAUUGUUUUCUUACUUGAAUUUUGAGGUAAUUAUGCCAUGUACAGUUAUUACAUCAAACGCUACAUCUGCAUUGUUUAAAGGGUUUAUUUGACAUUCUGACUUCGGUUGUUACAGCACAAUAAUGUAAAGACACAUCAACUCUGAGCUUUAAAGAAUAUUAGGUUCUAUUUAUGCAAAUAAUUCCCAUUCAAAUCUAAUAAGCACAUUGGUAUUGUUUGUAGCUAGUCGAAGAGGUAUUUACAUAUUUGAUACAACUUAUCAUUUGCCUUAUUUCCUGAUCGUUUGGCUGUUUUCUUCCUCAGAAUUCGGUUUUGAUGAUGUUUUUCAUGCAUUAUGGAAAGACACAUUUAAUGGUGUAUCUGGUACUACGGAGAAAGCGUUCAGUGCUGGCAGUGAUCAAGCACUUUUGAUCAAUACUGAUAUUUAUUAUCAUUUUAUUGAAUUUGUAUGCAAUGUUGCCCUCUAGAAUGAUAGAUCACUAAAAUCAGUGAUUGGAUUUUGUAUACUCACGACUAGUUAUGCCCUUUUACUCUUCAGAUACAGUCAUGUGUGGAAGAGUAUGAAUAUCCGAGCUGUUAUUUAACAAAUACUCACAAACAAACCAAGCAGCUUGUCUGAUUCACAGGUUUGUGGGCUUAGCCUAUAAAUAAUUUGUAAUAUACCUUUCAAAAAUAAUAAUUGUCAUCAG